AUGCCUUACGGCGAUCAAGGCAGUCAUCAAUUGGGCGGCAUCUACGCCGCAGGGGCUCGACCAACACCGCAGGAGGCGUACAGCUGGCGGCUAUAUAGCCAGGCGGUCAUUAUCGCCAUGGGGUCCAUCUUAUUUGGGUACGAUUCGGCUUUUAUAGGGACCGCGAUAGCCCGCCGAAGCUUCGCCGCGUCAUUUGUCAUCCACGAGGACCAUGCGGCGGACAUUUCGAGCAAUAUUACGUCUGCCUUUCAGGCCGGGGAGCUUCUCGGCGCGCUGCUCUGCUUCCCAAGAAAGGGCGCGCUGCAAAUCAGUGUGGUCGUCUUCCUCGUCGGGGCGGCCCUCAUGGUCUGCGCAACGCAUCAGCUGUCGUUUAUCUAUGUUGGCCGUUCCCUCACGGGCAUCGCGUGCGGCGCCAUCACCGCCACCGUCCCGAGCUACAUCGCGGAGCUCUCCAUCGUGCCCAUCCGAGGCAUCCUUACCGGCUUCUUCGAGAUUGCCUACCAGGUCGGCACCCUUGUGGGGCUUUGGGUCAACUACGGCAUUGACCAGCACAUGGACCCCGACUCUGCGACGAGCUGGAGGCUGCCUAUGGCCGUGCAACUUAUCUCCGCGGGCAUCCUUUUCGUUGAAGCAUUCUUCCUUGACGAAAGUCCGCUUUGGCUGAUGCGCAACGACCAACAAGAGCAAGCCACGCAAGUCUUGGAGCGUCUCAGAAAACUGCCUCGCUCUCAUCCCUAUGUCGCAGAAGAACUCGACAUGAUCCGCAUCCGGCUGUCGGAAGAAGCGAAUUUCGCAAAAAGUGUACGGCCAGGGGUCCCUAGUCUUUGUCUCUGGUUCGUGGGCGCAUACGUCAAGGCCGGACGUCCCGCAGACAAUAUCAAAGCUGGCAAGGCUCCGUCGCCCUCUACGGCGGCAGUUGGCAAGGCUGCUACGGCCAUGAUCAUGGUAUACUCCGUCUUCUGGUCGUUUGGGCUCAAUGGCAUCCCGUGGAUCGUAUCGGCCGAGAUCUUCCAUGGAGCACUGCGUACCCUCACGGGGACCUGGGCUGCAUCGAUACAGUGGUACGGAAGAAAGCACUGA